UAAAAACGCCUGCAGGAAGUCAGUGCAGAUGAAAAACGACGCCUAUUCCAAGCUGUUUCCCAUUAUUGUGGGAUUUCAUCGACAGGAACCAAUACCACAACAGGGCAAAUCCGCAGAAGAUUUACUAGAAUAUCCCAGUGGAAGGAACAUGCCGAGUGGGACUGCCGGGCGUGUCAAGGAAUCAGAACCGCCAGUAAUAAGAUCUCCGACGAGCUCUCCAUCGCGGAACCACAGGACUCAACCACCACCAGCUUCUUGGAAGCUAAAGCUGCAGGACGCUCUGGCAGCCAUUGCCAGGAUGCUAGGCGACUUCCUGCAGCAUCAGCGGAACGACCCCGUCUCCAAUUCGGCUCCCACUCCCUCAAGGCCCAUGUUGGAAUCGGAGCUUGACAUCAAAUGGCUCGGACAAAAUGGUGAAGCAUCCAAGGAAACCUUAAUCUACUAAUUAACAUA